CACCAAGAAAGUAUCUUUGAAAGCUAUAUGAAAAGUGCACGAGGCCUGGGCCACAGCCACCAACAGACAUAACUCAGUAUAACUGGUACUAUAUGUGAUUAAAGUUAUAUACCAUGAAAGUAUUUUGAAGUCAAUGAACAGGUAUGGCAGUAUAUAAUUAGGCUACUUGUAAUGAUAGUUUGAAAUAGUACUUUUUCAAAGAACUUGAGAACUCCAGAAAAAAAGAUACUUAGUGGACCCUGAGUCAUAUAUUAUCUGUUCUAUCAAAACCUGUCAGUAUUUAAUAUGAAAAAACACCCGUGCCAUAGUUAAUGUGCUCAGUAUGUGUGUUUAUGUGUUGUGUGUUUGUUUGUUUACGUUUGUUUUAUUUAUUACUAUUACUACUAACUUGUUUUCUUCUCCUGUUUUACCUCAUUAUGUUAAGGAAACAAAUAUCCAUAGUGUUAGGAUAAAUUGUGAAUCCUAGAGGGGAGGUUUUUACUAUAAAUCCUUUGAGGUUUCUUACCUCUCCUACACAAUCUUGGCUGUUUUUAUAUACUUUUGCUUUAAAAAUGCAAUUGUGAUUAUUACAAAAAAAAAAAAUUCAAAAAUGAUUAUACUGUAUCUGAAACUGCUAUCUCUGCUAUUUCUUUUAGUUUGACAUGUUGGGAUAUAUGGCUUUGUGAAAAUGCUAGAGUUAGAUGAGAAGAUUGAUACCAUUGAGCCAGAGCCAGGCUAGCCACCCCUUAGCUUACCUUAGCUUAGCCUAGCCUAGCUUAGCUUAGCUUAGCAUAAAGCUAGAAAGUUGAAAAAUAUACCUACCAAUGCUUCUAAAGCUCACUUAUUAACACACUGUUUCUCAUUUGUUUAAUAAAUUAAAAUGAGAAAUGUACAAGGAAACAUAAAAUGUGUGUUUUUAGUGGGAAUUUUGUGCUGGAACUUUUUCUUGACAAACAAGACUCCAGGGAGUUAUUGCACCUGGCUGUUGUUCAUUAAAGAGUUGUGAGUAAUUGCACACAGGCAAAUAAUUUUACCUGCUUUGCCAACUAGUGGUGCUGCUGUGUCCAAAAUCACUCUCUGUUUACUAUAUAGUGCGAUUCACCAUUUUAUAUGAGUGUCAAAUUUCUGAGUGUGUAAAUUUAUCUACUUUAGUCACAAGAAACUGCAACAAUUUAAGUAGUGUCCAUGGUAUGUAUACCAUCCCACAGUGCAUAUGUGCUGUAUUUUAUUUUACUUACAGGUUUACUGAUUGGACAACAGUAACAAGGCAAUAUAUGCUCAAGGUGGUGCACAGAUCAUAAUACAUCAAUAAAGAAAUAAAAAGUAAAAUAAAUAAUAAACAAAAUAAGAUAAAUUACAAAUCAAAUUCAUUACAUACAGCUCAGAGGUUUCACAGCUUUAGAGUUGGUGCAGUAUGAUUUUAAGUAGGAAAUGAAGACAAUAAGUUGGGGGGUCUGUUAUGCAAAUUUUCCAGCGUGUAUAUGGAAUUUCUCUAAUAAAGAAAUAAGAUUAAUAACAUCUUCUUGACAUUUCAUCAACAAAAAUACCAAAUAAAAUUAAGUGGAUUUUAAAUUUUACUGGAAUAUCUGAUUUCCUGUUUAAAAAAAGAUUGAGGUCAUAUCAAAAAGUCUGACUACAGUCCCAAAAAAGAUGAGUUAUCGUUUCAUCUGUGUGGUGACAGAAGAGGGUCAACAUUUAACCUAUAUUUUACAGUCACUGAAUUAACUGGAUAACAUUCAGAGACACCUCUCGCACCUUAUUUGAAACAAAAAAAAUCCUGGGGUGCCGCGUUUUAUAGAUGUGAAAAAUACCAUCUAAUGAAGCAAAAUGAUGAUAAUUAGUGAAUGUCCAAGACCUCUAUUUGCUGCUCAUUACUGAGUGAGAAACUACUGAGUGUUUAUUACAUAGGGAGAAGUGAAUGAGUGAACGAGGGAAUGAUUUUGGGCAUAGCCAUACUCUGUCCACACCACUUCAGUGCGGCAAUGCUUGUCUUCCAUACAUACUCACUGUUUUAUGAUUUUCCUGUUUUAAAAUAUUUACUAAUUUUCAUCUGUCUAUGCAUGUAUUUUGUGCAAAUCAUUAUAUAAAUUAAAUAAAUGACUAUAUUGGCAUUGUCGAUCUAAAACAAAUAGAUUAACAUCUGUGUGAAAGAGGAAAUACUUAAUAAAUACAGUUCUUCAGCUGCUUCCCAGUAAACGCUGUACAGUGCACCUCCUUGCUUCUUGUUUUUUGUUAGAUUUUGUGAAAUUACUGGUAUUGUUUUAAUCCCAGGCUGUUCAAAGCCCAGCCACUUACAAAAAUAUUACACAGUAAAAUGAAUGCAGCUCUUCAAAAGCUUCACCAUCAGUUAAUUGAGUCUGUCAGUUUGGUGUCUAACUGCUAUAACUAAGUAUUAAAUGUUUUUCACACUUUUGUAACACAUUCAUCUUAAAAAAGUAGCAUCUAGUGAAAGAGAAAGAGACACUUAGGUUUCAGAUGGCUGUGAAGGAAACCGUAAAUCUUGCGUUAAUCUGUGUGUGUAUGUGUGUGUGUGUGUAAUGUGUGUGAGAGAGAGAAGCUGUUCUGACAACACUUCCUCACAUGCAAUGAGUAAGUCAGAAUGACAUUUAGUAUGAGAAACAAAGAAAACCAGCAGUGACACCCAACAUUAACACAAUCUGAAGUGUUAACUGACAUGAGAUGACACAACGCCUCUUGUCCACAAACAAACAUUUCAGUAAAAUUCUUCGUUGGUACUUGAAUGUAACAAGUUCAAAUGUAGACAACCAAACAGCUCCAUAGAUAAAAAUCACUCAAGCCAGAAAGCAAACUAAUAUUUGUAACAGCUAAUACUGUGACACGCCUGCACAGCAACUGUUGCAUUAGCCUUGAUGGUGUGAUGUUGAUUGGCUCUUUUUCUCUGUUAGCAGCAACACACAAACUCUUUAAUCCACAUAAGCUCAUGAUGGCUCUCUAAAUCCAUCCAAUCUGUUGAGUGUCUAUACUUAACAACCCUACUCAACCAAUCUGGGUCAAUAGAUUGUAUGGUUGGUGAAGCCACACUGUGUGCUGCAUGUGCAGAGCAAAAUGAUUGCAAUUUUAAAAUUUUAAAGAAUCACAGUUUUGUAUGACUCUGGUUUGGCAAUGGCUGACAUCCUCAUGAUGAAGGAGGAUGGAAUAGAUGGAUGAGAGCUUGAAGAAGUAAAAGGAUUUGAGGAUUUCAUUGCAAAAAUGGAACUCCAAGACCAAGUGAGGAGCGAUUGGGGCCACUAUUUUUGCAAUCAGCCACCAGUGGAGUUUGGUACAAGUGCAAACCAUCAUCUUUUUCAUGGUGAGUUGUUAAGCAGCUCUGUGAGGUCGGAGGGCAACUCAGCCCUCAUCUGGACUGACACUGAACCAACAAGAGUCAAGAAUUGCAACGGCCGCUCAUUCGCCAUGGAUGCUAGAAUAAGACUAGAUCAUUUGAAGUCUAGGUCGAAUUCACCGUCGCCUUGCUGUUCUAUGGAUGGGACGUUGUACAACUAUCAAAAAGACCUCUGGGACGGUGAGAUGCAAGAGAUGCAGUCUGUUUUGGACUCUGUGGAGCUCCUUGACUUAGAAGACAAUGUGGAGGAUGAAGAAAGCUGGUUAUAUGAGCCUCCAAAGAAGCAGGAGUUUGCGGAGAGAUCCGAGUCUGCUCUCAGAUGGUGUCGACAUGUCCUGGAUAACCCCAGUCCUCAGAUGGAGGCAGCGCGUCAUCUGCUAAUGAACAGGCUGGAUCAAAAAUCAAGCACCUCCAGCAGCCGUCGCUUCUACAGAUGUCCUGCAGUUUUCGAUCAAACUGGCAACGCGUCUGGAGGCUCUUCUAUGGGCAAAACAUCUGUCAACACACACAACAACUCUGACAGUUUAGAUAACAAUGAGCUGAGCAUCUCCAAUGACUUCAUAACCACAAGCUACAGACUGCAGGACAUCACAGAUGUCCACAUUAUGGCCCGUAUACAGGAAGCCAGUUUACGACAGGAUUAUGUUUCCACGCCUGCCGCUACCUCACCCAGAAACCCUGAGUCACAAGUGAAAAAAAAGGUUGAUGUCGAUGACUUCACUCCAGGAAAUACAACCGAGAGCUCAUUUUCCUCUUGUUGGCAGCCUCGCCUGUCGUCCCCUUGCCAGUCACCAGCACCAUCAGCUAAGCAGAGCUGCCAAAGUCCAAAACUGGCCAGACUUCACCAGCAAGUCACUCAGUUCAAGCUGCUGAAACUUGCUCAGAAUCAAGCAUCACCACCAGGCAGGACCAGGUCACCUCUGCGGACCAGCCUCCGCUCCCUCCAGGCUGUUAGAAACAGCCGAAGUUUAGACACCAAUGACUGCCACCCCGAUGAUCAAAUCACCUACCCUCCACCAGGUGAGUCCUCUGCCAGAAUGGGGAUGAGUUGCUGGUCGUCAUCACCUUCUGCAGCAUCUAUGAGCUCCAAUGUCUCAUUGCACUCAGUGAGAGACUCCUCAGUCCGGUUGACGGCCAUAAAGAAACUGCAGAGGUCUCAGUCUCUCAGCCCCAGCAGGAUCCCUCACAGGGGACAUCUGUCUUCUCAUGGACGUGUUUUUGCCACACACCUUUUGCCCCAAGCUACCACUGUAGCUUGGGGCAGAGAUAUGCCAUUCACCCAAAGAUGAAAGGUGUCACUAGUAUAUUCCUGGUAAUUAAUUAAAACGUCAAGAACUUCAUAUCUUAUAUAAUUUACUUGUUGGGUUGCCUUCAUAAUCAUAUAAAUAGCUUUAGAUUGUGAUAAAUGAUAAAAGCAUGUUGCUCUGGGUGAGGAUACAGUAUGCAUUGUGUCUGUGUGGCAUUUCCAUGAAGUAGGAUUUGAGUCAUCGUCCUUUAAAACAGUCUGUAGGUAAAGACACCAGAAUGUGCAGCCGUGCAAUGUUGUAAACAAGACCUGACAGAAGCAUCCUGGAGGGCUGGAUUUUAUAUUUUCAAGACAUCCUUUUCAGAGAAAUCUCACAAUGUUGUGUUGUCUGUACAGUGAGAAUGUGGCUGAUAAAAAAAAAAAGAAUGUUUAAGAUAAAAGAUUGUAGAAAUGUCUGGAGACGUUUGCUUGUUUGCUGAUAAAAUCGACUCGUGUGAGAGAGACACCCUUGAAAUAAUGAAAGUAAAGAAUGAUGCCCUGUCUGAUGUACUAUCUGUGGUUUUGCUGCAUGCUGCAUUGCAUGUGCAUAAGCUCAAGCAGCAGUUGAUCUUCACUUUUGUGUGGCUGAUUGCAGAUUGGGCUGUUUUUUUACAGGUUUGUCACAACAGGAAGUGUGCAGUUUGCCAUCAUGUAUUAUAACCAAACAAGUGACCUCUAUACAAUAGGAAGCAAGCUUGUUCGCAAGAAAAAGGUGUGGUUGUGGUGCGGUUGUUUUGGAAAUGUGUUCUGCUUUGAUGGUGGCUACAUUGUUUUUUUCUGAUGACGACAUGACUUAGUUCAACCUAACCCAUGAAUUUCAAUUGUUGGCUGAAUAUUCCAGUUUCUCAAUUUGAGCACUUGACAUAUGAUGAUCCUUUAAUAACCUACUGAGACGCAACAUUUAAACAUCUAAAAAAUAGAAAAGCUUUCAGAUGCUUAAAUGCUGCACAGGUCUAGUUGAUGUUGCAACUUCUCUCGGGGAAAUGACAUUUCUCUUAUUGUGUUCCUAUAUGUCAACUGAGGUCUAAUGCUGUGUUUACACUGCUGUGGCUUCCAAACUUUCUUUUAUUCGUAGCAAUCCAACAGAAAUUAGUUUCUGUUCGGCUCUCUUUGAUUAUUUGUCUGCUUUUUGUACCUGAAUGGCAUGAAUGUUUAAAGAACGAAUCAUUGUACAAAUGUUAUAGUGGGUGGCUUAUACUAGUUCAGAUGAUCUGGGACAAAACAGAAGUUGAAGUUGGCUUGUUACCUUUCAAAUGUCAGUCUUUCUGAAACACAACACAUGGAACAGAGACUUUUAAUAGUCUGUAUCCAGAAAGUAUAAAUCAGACUGAACUCAUCAACAUGAUCUUCUCCAUAAAAUAUAUCACUGCUUAGAACUGAGGAAAACAGUAGAAAAUAAAUAUCUACAAAACUGUUAUUCUUUAUAUUGAUUAUACCUUAACUUUAUAAAAACAAGUUACUUUUUUGUAAGAAAGCAGCAAAGUUGUCAGUGUAACCAGAACACAAGCAGUUUGAGCUCUCACACAUUAGAAAAGCUCAGGUGUAAAGAACGUUAAUGACGACUCCGUUCGUCCCAGUAAGGCAGCGUUACAACUCAUCAACACAAUGUUGUAAUAAUGGAUCAUUUCAGUCAUUUCUUGAGCACAAAUGCCAAACAUCCACUGGUUUCAAGUUCUCAAAUGUGAGGAUUAACUACUUUUCUGUUUAAUAUCCUUAUAAUUGAAUAUGCUUGGAUUUUAUCUGACUGUUGGUCAUAUAAAAUGCAAUACGUAUUUUCUGAUAUUUCCUACAGAAUUAAUCCCAAAAACAGAUAAACAAAAAGCCAAAAUAAUCAUUGUAGCUGUAGCCAGCAUGCACAAUGACAGGGCUCUGGUAUAUAGCUACAGCUUUAAUGGCAUCAAUAAUUACAUCUG